AUGGAGGUUGCAUCGCCAGGUGUUCACACAUUUCAGAGGAUGUCUGGCUGUGAAUGGGAUGAUGAGACGGGCGAGGUGAAUGGUUUUAAUCAGUUUGGUUACGAUGGAGAAGACUUCAUUGCAUUAGAUUUAAAUGCGCGUACAUGGAUUCCUACAAAGCCACAGGCUGUGAUCUUCAAACAAAAAUGGGACAACAACAGAGAGGCAUUAUAUAGAGAAAGGAAUAAUCUCAUCACAAUCUGUCCUGAAAUGCUGAAGAAAUUUUUGAACUAUGGGAGGACACUCCUGGUAAAACCAGUUCUUCCCUCAUUUUAUCUCCUCCAGAAGACUCCUUCCUCUCCAGUCACCUGCCAUGCUACAGGUUUCAAUCCUAACAAAGUGAACAUGGUCUGGAGGAAAGAUGGAGUGGAGAUUCAUGAGGGUGUGAACAGAGGAGAGAUCCUCCCCAACAAUGACUGGACCUUCCAGAUUAGUGUUGACCUGGAAAUUUCAUCAGUCAGACCUGAAGACUGGGAAAGAUAUGCCUGUGUGUUUCAGUUCUCCGGUGUGAACCAGGAUAUCGUCACCAAACUGGACAAAGCAGUGAUCUGGACCAAUAAGGGUAAGAUUGAGAGGAUGGAUUUUAUUUGCCUGUCUCAUAAAAAAAGCAUUUUUGUUCAGUCAUCAUCUGAGGACUGGCGACCUGUCCAGGGUGUACCCCGCCUCUCGGGGUACACCCUGGACACCCUGGAAGGUCGACAGCUGGGAUAG